AUGACCGAGGUGAUUGUGAUUCUGUCCUCUUCGCCACCCAGAAGUCCUCGAGCCACGAAGACAGCCCCGGGAUCGUUAGGCACAAAGACAUGGCGCGAUGACGUUGAUUUUGAUAUCGACAAUUUUAUUGCAACUGGUUCCAUUGAUUUCGAGAUCAAUAGGCCUUUUAAGAGGAAACGCACCACCCCGGUGGUGGGCUCGCUUUCAAACCCCAAAAGUGGCAAUGUUACGCUCGAAAACCUUUCCAGUGACGGGUCUCAGGAAGACCUCAACCUCAAUGCUUCUGCGACUGCCUUCUCGCGCUCCUCAGGACCGAAGAAGUCCAGGCCUCUCGAUGACAUUACUUUCUCGUCGUCCGCCCCAGAACCAUUGACCACAGACAAGACGGGGAAUGUGGUUGUUCCCGGGAGGCGCCCAUCGGAUGGAUCUAAAGACGGUCUUCUCGGCGAUGGCCUGUUGAGUCUAUCACAACCAGUGCAGACCGAUGAAGAUCAGAGAAUAAUGUCACUUCUGGCUGCCUUCGACGCGGAUUUCGAUGAAGGAAGGAGGUUUACAUCGAAGCCCUCUAAAGUCAAAUCAACACUGAAUUUGCCAACGGGAAGGGUGGCACCCAACAUUUUCGAUGAAAUUGAAUUUUCUUCCAGUCCUGUGAUCACCAAAAGCACCAAACCCUAUAAACCGCAAAAGUUCGACAAAGCCACCAACGUUCGUGAGAAGGCAGAAGAAAAGAAACUGGCGAAAGCACAGCGAGAGGUCCUCAAGGAAGCCGAGAAGGAGAGGAAGAAGUUGGAGAAGGAACAGAAGGCGAAGGAGAAACAGAAGGCGGCGGACCUUGUAGAGGUAAACAAAUCACGCACGAAUAAGAAAGACGCAACCCCCGAAAUGAUCUUGGAUAUGUCGAGCUUUUUCAAGGAUACAAGUGUCGGCAACCAAGUCGAAGAGCGCAUGAAGAACGUCCAGGUCGAGGUCAACUAUGUGGAUGAGCAGGUCAACUUGGUCAACGGAGAUGGCGAACAAGUGCGACGUGGAAGUGUUAUCACUUGGCGCCGCAAGGUGAAGUCGAUGUACAACGACGAGGAUGACCUGUGGGAGCCCACCUCCAGAUGCCGUGUCAUGAAGGAAAAUCACGUCUUGAUUCAUUUAACUGCUGCAGACUUUGUUGCUAUUGCAGCCACGUCGCGGGCAGGGUCUGUGGCAGGCGUGGUACGGGAGGAACAUGAGCUUAAGGCAAACCUGGAUGCACAUGUUUCGUGGAUACGCCGGCGUUUCGGCGACUGCGUUCCAAUCUAUCUCAUUGAAGGACUUCGCACUUGGCUCCGGAAAAAUGAGAACGCGAAGAAUCGAGCAUACACUGCCGCUGUUCGAGCUCAGAUGUCGCAGACUGAGGGUGAUCCGGCCUCAUCCCAGGCUAGAAGCCGAAAGCGGAAGAAGCCUGCGCCUGAGUCGCUGGACCUUUCGGUUCUCAUGUCGGACACCGUCGAUGACCUGCUCCUCCAUCUUCAACUGGCUCAUCAACCAAUACUGAUCCAGCAUACGUCGACGCCGGCGGACUCGGCGUCUCAAAUAUGUGCCCUCACACAGCAUCUCUCCACCCGACCAUACCGCCGCGCCCAGCUUGACUAUAACCUCAAGUCUGCAUCGUUCUGCAUGGACCGUGGACAAGUUCGGACCGGUGACGAUCCCAAAGACACAUUUGUCAAAAUGCUUCAAGAGGUCCAGCGGGUGACUCCCAGCAUGGCCUACGGGAUUGUCGAAGAAUACUCGAGCAUUCGAAAGUUGGUUAAAGGGUUCGACAAACACGGCAACCUGAUGCUCGAAGACGUUCGCAAGACUGUGAACAAAGACGGCGGGUGGAGCGACAAGAGAUUGGGCCCGCAGAUUAGCAAGCGGCUGUACAAAGUGUUCAUGGGCCGAGACCCUGCAUCGACGGAUGGGAUGUCAUGA